AUGUUGGAGGAAGCACCUCAAAUCUUGGAAGAGGAUGUGAUUAAUAAUGGUUCUGGGGAUGAUGAUGAUGAUGAUGAUGAUGAUGAUCAGGCUGAGGAGGUACUCACUGGUCCGUUUCCUGGGGGGCCAUCAGAUUCAUCAGGAUUGAAGAGCUUCAAGGCACAUAUUGCAACAACUAUAUGGGAGCAAAAGGAGAGGAAUCCCUUAAGGUGUUAUAAUCAUGCGUCCAAGAUUCUUGAGCAGUGGUGGUGGUCAAGAACCGACAAUAGAAGGUUUAGAGACAUUGUGCAGCAGUCAGGCCUAUCUUCUUUGGUCCAUUGCAUAUAUCAUUUUGUGAGUAGGAUUGUCAUAUUUGCAUUUGUUGAGCGAUGGCAACCAGAGACAAAUACUUUCCAUUUGACAGUUGGUGAGAUGACAAUGACAUUGGAUGAUGUGGGUACCAUCUUGGGGAUCCAUAUCACAGGUAGAUUAGUUAGUGCUAUAAUUUUGACAGAUCAACAGGCACAUACACUUGUGGUUGUUGCCUUGGGAGUUGAUGAUGCUGAAGCAACUGAGGAGCUAUCAUCUGCUAGGGGACAAUUAGUGAAGCUAGAGUGGUUACGGAGCAAAUUCAGUGGUUGUAAAGAUUCAGACACCGAGGAAUUCAUAGCCUGUGCCGCUAGAGCAUAUUUGUUAUUUUUAUUAGGAUGUACACUGUUCAGCGACAAGAGUGAGACGAGAGUUCCUGUUGUGUACUUGCAGUUGUUGAUGGAUUUGACUGAUAUUCAUACAUACGCUUGGGGUGCAGUUGCAUUGGCAUAUUUAUACCGACAGUUGGAAUUUGCCACGAGAUCAGCUGUUCGACAGAUGGCUGGUUACAUGAUAUUGUUGGAGGCAUGGAUUUAUGAGCAUUUCCGACCUUUUAAACCUCACCAAAACAUGGAAUGUACUGUUACUUGGGAUCCAUAUCGUGAUUACCGUCAACAUCACUUAUGUCAUGAGAUCACAUUCUAUACUGGUUGUUUGAAGUGUUUAGAUGUAGUUGAACCCUAUCAUCUUGAAAGGGUUCUUAGACAGUUUGGUAGGGUUCAGACCAUCCCAUCCGUGCCACUCGACCCUGUUUGUGCUGUUAAAGGUGUCAUAGAUGCUGAGUGUAUUGAUCACGCACUACGGAUUGUGCAUCCUAUCAUCGAGGCGGGCCAUGAUGCUAGUGUUCAUGAGCCAGAUAGGCUAUAUGAGGCCAUUGAGAGGAUGACACGUGUUCUUCAGGGUCAACAAAUAGAUGAGGCUAGACCUAGUUCUAUUCUAUUUAGAACAUACAAUCAUAGGAGACAAGUAGAUGAUAGGUAG